AUGUUUUCUUCAAUCUCAAAGGCAUGGAACGAAGUCUCAGAUGAAAGCGGUGGUGGUAAAGAGAGCAGUGUCAAAUUCUCACAAUCUACAAGGGAUUCCCCAAGAAGAAAUGGCCAUUACAUACAUUAUGACAAGUCAAAAAACCCUUUGGAUAGGAUAAGGAAGACAGAGGGCAAAAAGGGCUCUCCAAGAAUACUCAAACCGUCAAACGACAAUAAACAAAAUAGUGUAUGGGGCUCUGCUUUGAAGAACUUGUCAAAAGUGUUCAAAAAGGAUGAUGGGGAACUUGGUUCAAUGAAGGAGUAUAUGAAUGGAAUGAUCAAAGUUCCAAAAGAGAGAAAAGAGCUGGUGAGAUCAAAAAGGGGUGAUACCUUGAGUAUUGGAGACUUGGACAAGGAUAACGUCAACGAAAGAGAAAGCAGAAGACGCAGAAGAACCGAUACAAUUUCUUCAAGAGUCGAAAGUAUUGGGAAUUCAUUCAAUCGUUACAAGAAAAGACGUAAUGGUGAUCCUACUGAGGUUCCAAAAUAUGAAUCAUAUUCCAAAUUUGAGAUUGAUGUCCCAAAGUAUCAGUAUCAAAAGGAAACUAACAAUGGGUAUGAAAAUUAUUCAACAGCAGUGGAUACAAGAUAUCAUUCCAAUGAAACUUCAUGGAAAGCUCAUACCCCAACAGAUUCCAAGCCUGCUUCUCAGGGUUUAACUUUUAGCAAAAUCACUGCCCAUGAUCUUCCUUCAUCACCAAUCUAUCACAACACUCAGUCAUCUUUAUCAAAAGAACAUUCAAAAAAGUCAAAUUUAAGCCUUGAAAAUAAUGUGGACAAGAGUUAUAUUGAUUCAUCGAGAAUUGAACAACUUUGUAAAAAAGUUGAGCAGCUUGAAAAUACAGUGGAAGGUUUGAGAGAUGAAUUAAGGCAAGCUAAUGAGAAAUCCUUACAACUAGAAAAAUCUAUAAAUUCUAAUGAUCAUUCUAUUCUGAAAGAUCUUGAUAAAACGGAUGAUAUGCCUCAUUUCAAAUUCGAGGAUGACAACAAUAUAUCGAGACCUUUGUCUCCAGUGAAAGUUGAUCUUGAUCGUUUCAAGUUCAUCAGGUAA